AGCAGGCGCAGGCGGCGGGGUCCGCGCGGCGAACAAAGGCGGCGCGGGGAGCGGGGCGCGCGGCCGGGGCUGGCGCGCGUCUCUCCGGCUCGAGGCGGCGGCGCCGAGCCCGAGCCCGCAUUCCUCAGAAGCUCCCGGAGCCCGCCGGGCGACGUCACCCCGGCUCCGCCCCCGGCCCUCCCCGAGCAAAGUAACUCUUGACUACCAGGAGCAGCCUCGGCGGAGCAUGGAGAGCAGGCGCCGUGGCCGGCCGGCCACUCUUUCGCCUCCGAGGUAGUUUGGCGACCGCGCAGGAGGGAAAAAGUGCGGGAGGGCGGUGGUGGACUGCCGCCCUCAACGCGGGAGCUGCCCGGCGUGCACCUCAGGCGCGGCUUUCGCCGCGAUUCCUCCCCUCCCCGCAGCGCUUUGCAAAGCUGCUUGAAACUUCUCCCAAACUCGACAUGGAAGCAGCGGCGGCGGCGCUGCCCGCGUUCCUGGCGCUCUGGUUCCUCUCGUCUUGGCUCUUCUUGGGGUCUGCCCAAGGCCAGUUCUCCGCAGGUGGCUGUACUUUUGAUGAUGGCCCCGGGGCCUGUGAUUACCACCAGGAUCUGUAUGAUGACUUUGAGUGGGUGCAUGUCAGUGCACAGGAGCCUCACUAUCUGCCGCCUGAGAUGCCACAAGGUUCCUAUAUGGUAGUGGACUCUUCCAGUCAUGACCCUGGAGAAAAAGCCAGACUUCAGCUCCCUACGAUGAAGGAGAACGACACUCACUGCAUUGAUUUUAGUUACCUGCUGUACGGCCAGAAAGGACUGAAUCCUGGCACUUUGAACAUAUUAGUUAGGGUAAAUAAAGGACCGCUCGCUAAUCCAAUUUGGAAUGUCACUGGAUUCACGGGUCGAGAUUGGCUUCGGGCUGAGCUAGCAGUGAGCACCUUUUGGCCCAAUGAAUAUCAGGUGAUAUUUGAAGCUGAAGUCUCAGGAGGGAGAAGUGGAUACAUUGCCAUCGAUGACAUCCAAGUCCUCAGUUAUCCGUGCGAUAAAUCUCCUCAUUUUCUCCGACUUGGGGAUGUAGAGGUCAAUGCAGGGCAGAAUGCUACGUUUCAGUGUAUUGCUACAGGGAGAGACGCAGUACAUAACAAGUUAUGGCUGCAGAGACGAAAUGGAGAAGAUAUACCGGUAGCCCAGACUAAGAACAUCAAUCACAGAAGAUUUGCUGCUUCCUUUAGAUUACAAGAAGUGACAAAAACUGACCAGGAUUUGUAUCGCUGUGUAACUCAGUCAGAACGAGGUUCGGGUGUAUCCAAUUUUGCUCAACUGAUUGUGAGAGAACCACCAAGACCCAUUGCUCCUCCCCAGCUACUCGGUGUGGGGCCUACCUAUUUGCUGAUUCAACUAAAUGCUAAUUCCAUCAUUGGUGAUGGUCCUAUUAUCCUGAAAGAAGUGGAAUACCGGAUGACAUCAGGAUCCUGGACGGAGACCCAUGCAGUCAAUGCCCCAACGUAUAAAUUAUGGCAUUUAGAUCCAGAUACGGAAUAUGAAAUCCGAGUCCUACUUACCAGACCCGGUGAGGGUGGAACAGGACUGCCAGGACCUCCACUGAUUACCAGAACGAAGUGUGCAGAACCUAUGCGAACCCCAAAGACAUUAAAAAUUGCUGAAAUACAGGCAAGACGCAUUGCUGUGGAUUGGGAAUCCUUGGGCUACAACAUUACUCGUUGCCACACAUUUAAUGUCACGAUCUGCUACCAUUUCUUUCGUGGUCACAAUGAGAGCAAGGCGGACUGUUUAGACAUGGAUCCCAAAGCCCCUCAGCAUGUUGUGGACCAUCUGCCUCCUUAUACAAAUGUCAGCCUCAAGAUGAUCCUAACCAAUCCAGAAGGAAGAAAGGAGAGUGAGGAGACAAUUAUUCAAACAGAUGAAGAUGUGCCUGGUCCUGUACCUGUCAAAUCACUUCAAGGAACAUCCUUUGAAAAUAAGAUCUUCUUGAAUUGGAAAGAACCUUUGGAGCCAAAUGGAAUCAUCACUCAGUAUGAGGUCAGCUAUAGCAGUAUAAGAUCCUUUGAUCCAGCAGUUCCGGUAGCAGGACCUCCCCAGACUGUGUCGAAUCUGUGGAACAGCACUCACCAUGUCUUCAUGCAUCUUCACCCUGGAACCACCUAUCAGUUUUUCAUACGAGCCAGCACUGUCAAAGGCUUUGGACCACCCACAGCCAUCAACGUGACUACUAAUAUCUCAGCUCCGACUUUACCUGACUAUGAAGGAGUCGAUGCGUCUCUCAAUGAAACUGCCACUACAAUAACUGUAUUGUUGAGACCAGCUCAAGCCAAAGGUGCACCUAUCAGUGCCUAUCAGAUCGUCGUGGAGGAGCUGCACCCACACCGAACCAAGAGAGAAGCAGGGGCCAUGGAGUGCUACCAAAUUCCUGUGACCUACCAGCAUGCCAUGAGUGGGGGUGCACCUUAUUACUUUGCGGCAGAACUCCCACCUGGAAACCUCCCAGAACCUGCCCCGUUCACAGUGGGGGACAACAGGACAUAUCAAGGUUUUUGGAACCCCCCUCUGGCUCCCCGCAAGGGAUACAACAUCUAUUUUCAGGCCAUGAGCAGUGUGGAGAAGGAAACUAAAACCCAGUGUGUACGAAUUGCUACAAAAGCAGCAGCAACAGAAGAGCCAGAAGUGAUACCCGAUCCUGCCAAGCAGACAGACCGAGUGGUGAAAAUAGCAGGAAUUAGUGCCGGAAUUCUUGUGUUCAUCCUCCUCCUCCUAGUUGUCGUAUUAGUUGUCAAAAAGAGCAAACUUGCUAAAAAACGCAAAGAUGCUAUGGGGAACACCCGGCAGGAGAUGACUCACAUGGUGAAUGCAAUGGAUCGAAGUUACGCAGAUCAGAGCACCCUCCAUGCAGAAGAUCCUCUUUCCAUCACCUUCAUGGACCAGCAUAAUUUUAGCCCCAGAUUGCCCAAUGAUCCACUUGUGCCGACUGCUGUGUUAGAUGAAAACCACAGUGCUACGGCAGAAUCCAGCCGCCUUCUGGACGUACCUCGCUACCUCUGUGAGGGGACAGAAUCCCCUUACCAGACGGGACAGUUGCACCCAGCCAUCAGGGUAGCCGACCUGCUGCAGCACAUUAAUCUGAUGAAGACAUCAGACAGCUAUGGGUUCAAAGAGGAAUAUGAGAGUUUCUUUGAAGGACAGUCAGCAUCGUGGGAUGUUGCUAAAAAAGAUCAAAAUAGAGCAAAAAACCGAUAUGGAAACAUUAUUGCAUAUGAUCACUCCAGAGUAAUUUUGCAACCUGUCGAGGAUGAUCCUUCUUCAGAUUACAUUAAUGCCAACUAUAUAGAUGGUUACCAAAGACCAAGCCAUUAUAUUGCCACUCAAGGCCCAGUUCAUGAAACAGUAUAUGAUUUCUGGAGAAUGAUUUGGCAAGAACAGUCUGCCUGCAUUGUAAUGGUUACAAACUUAGUUGAAGUUGGCCGGGUUAAAUGCUAUAAAUAUUGGCCUGAUGAUGCUGAAGUUUAUGGUGAUUUCAAAGUCACUUGUGUAGAAAUGGAACCACUUGCUGAAUAUGUAGUUAGAACAUUUACCCUGGAGAGGAGAGGCUACAAUGAGAUCCGUGAGGUUAAACAGUUCCAUUUCACUGGCUGGCCUGACCAUGGGGUGCCCUACCAUGCUACAGGGCUCCUUUCCUUCAUCCGGCGAGUCAAGUUAUCUAACCCUCCUAGUGCUGGCCCUAUUGUUGUGCAUUGCAGUGCUGGUGCUGGACGAACUGGCUGUUACAUUGUGAUUGACAUCAUGUUGGACAUGGCUGAGAGAGAAGGUGUUGUUGACAUCUAUAACUGUGUUAAAGCCUUAAGAUCUCGACGCAUCAACAUGGUCCAGACAGAAGAGCAGUACAUUUUUAUUCAUGAUGCAAUUUUGGAAGCCUGCUUAUGUGGAGAAACUGCUAUACCUGUCUGUGAAUUUAAAGCUGCAUAUUUUGAUAUGAUUAGAAUAGACUCGCAGACUAACUCUUCACAUCUCAAAGAUGAAUUUCAGACUCUGAAUUCAGUCACCCCUCGACUACAAGCUGAAGACUGCAGUAUAGCAUGCCUGCCAAGGAACCAUGACAAGAAUCGUUUCAUGGACAUGCUGCCACCUGACAGAUGUCUGCCUUUUUUAAUUACAAUUGAUGGGGAGAGCAGUAACUACAUCAAUGCCGCUCUUAUGGAUAGCUACAGGCAACCAGCUGCUUUCAUCGUCACACAAUAUCCUCUGCCAAACACUGUGAAAGACUUCUGGAGAUUAGUGUAUGAUUAUGGCUGUACCUCCAUUGUGAUGUUAAAUGAAGUCGACUUGUCCCAGGGCUGCCCUCAGUACUGGCCGGAGGAAGGAAUGCUGCGAUACGGCCCUAUCCAAGUGGAAUGUAUGUCUUGUUCAAUGGAUUGUGAUGUUAUCAACCGGAUUUUUAGGAUAUGCAACUUAACAAGACCCCAGGAAGGCUAUCUGAUGGUACAGCAGUUUCAGUAUCUAGGCUGGGCUUCUCAUCGGGAAGUGCCUGGCUCCAAACGCUCGUUUUUGAAACUGAUACUACAGGUGGAAAAAUGGCAAGAGGAAUGUGAGGAAGGGGAAGGUCGGACGAUCAUCCACUGCCUAAAUGGUGGCGGGCGAAGUGGAAUGUUCUGUGCCAUAGGCAUUGUUGUUGAAAUGGUGAAACGGCAAAAUGUUGUUGAUGUUUUCCAUGCAGUGAAAACACUGAGGAAUAGCAAGCCAAACAUGGUGGAAGCCCCGGAGCAGUACCGUUUCUGCUAUGAUGUGGCUCUGGAGUAUCUGGAAUCAUCUUAGUUGCCUGAGACUCUGAGGCACAUUGAAGCGAGGAGCCGCAUUGUCUGUGGAGCUAGCAGCUGUUGCACCUGUUACACCUGUGCAGAAAGAUGUUGAUGUGGGGGGUGGGAGACUUUUACAUUUGAGAGGUGAAAGUAUUUUUCUUAUGAAAUUGUGUAUCUUCAUGGAAAAAAAGGACUUGAUGAAUUUCUCUUACUGUAUUAAAGCAUCAGCAUUUCGUGCCACAUAGAUUCUAUUUAAUCAGAAGCAUUUUCAGGUGAGAUCUUACAAGUAUUUGUACAGUGAAUCUUCAGCUUUCUCUCUCCUGAUUACAGUAGAGCAGCCAUCACAUGUUGCAUGAAUGGAUACUUCCUAUGUGGCAUAGUUGUCCUUUUUUAAAAAAAAGUAAAAGCUAUUGAAUCUUAAAAGGAAGAACAGAAAAACUGCAAAUUCAUAGUAAAGGUCAUUUUUAUACGUUUCAGGUGUAGCAGAUCUCUAUAUAAAUAUAUAAAUAUAUAUAACUGGCUUAUUUUCUUUUCAUGUGCAAUGAUGGCUAGAUCAUUUAAAGUUCUUUUUAGAAAAUAACAUAAGCCAAAGACUCAAGUGUAAAUAUUGUCUAUAUGGAGAAAGCACAUUAUAUUUAUUGGUUACUGAGAUUCCUUUUUUUGAUGGCUAAAAUACUACCACCACACAAUCACUUUUUUUUUUUCUGAAGAAAGCCUUUUCUUUAGCUAAAAUCAAUUGUAAACGAUUUUGUAGCUUAUUUUUUGUAUGUUCCAGUGUAAGUAGAGGAUAAUCUUUCUAUUCACAAAUGAGGAAGCAAUGUUCUUUAUAGUGGUUUCUCUUGUGUACAUGCUCGUGAAUUAAAUCAUUAUGUACAACCUCUUGGCAAGUGGGUCUUUGAAUAUAGGACCAAAUUAAAACAUUUUGUUGAAAAACAUACAAUUUUUCACGAUUUCAUGAGGCCACUACUGAUUUUGGUGAUCGCAUAUGACAAAUGCACACAUUGAAAGGCCUUGCUGAUGACUUGCGCAAAUUAGAAAAUAUCCUUUAAACAUCAUUGAAACUUUAAAGGAAUUGAGCCUUUCAGCUUGUGGCCCGGCACUGGUCAAGAAAUCAAAGUCACAACAUUUAUGCUUUCAGGGUCAAAUUUUAGCAAACUGUCAAACAGUCAGGUGAUUGAAUGUUUCUUGUGAUGUUUACAUGCACAGGCUUUUGGGUCUGACCCAAGUAAGUGUGUAGAAAUCAAUGUCAGACUCCUGUUCCGUGCAUUGCCAGGGGACUCUCAAAUGAACCUUGCUUGAUGUGGUCUUGCUCACAUGCUCCCUGUAGCUGCUCCUUCACAUCAUUAGCUUGCAGUCUGUUAUUGACUAAAGCAUCCUGGUGUCCUCUUUCUAGAUUGCCAGUUCAUGACAUGGUGCUUAUAAGGAUUUAAUUAAAGCAAGAGUGAAAUAAAGUUUUUAUAAUUGCAAC